CACCCAAGAAAAAUGCUGGGCUGUCACAGAAGACCUCUGGUGCAAAGCACAAGGCAGCUGCAUGCCUUAGUGAGUCUGAGGAAGAACAAAGUCAGAGGGUGUUGCAAAACUAAACAAGGAUGGCAACUGCUCAGCAAAUGGAAUCCUCAGGGCAUCGAGCUGAGAGGCUAGCACAAAACCAAGCAAGGAUGGCAACUGCUCAGCAAGAUCAUCAUGCUGAGAGGCUUGCCCAAGACAGGGCCAUACAUGCAGCUGGCUGUAGACCACCACAAUCUUCCAGUUUUUCUCAACCACAUGUUGCUUUCUCUUAUGAUCUUUCAAAAAGCUACAACAUUGAUUCAGUAGUAUUGAUUUGGGACCUCUGUGGUGCAACAAUAUUUCCAGCUGAGUCUUCUAGUGUGUGCUGUACCAAUGGCAAAGUGAGGCUGCCUUUGCUUCAAUCUCCUCCACAAUCUCUCAAAGAUCUAUUUGAAGAUAAUAUGCUCAUUUCAAGAGGAUUUCUAGACAACAUCUGACAAAACAACUUGGCCUUCUAAUUGACCUCAUUUGGAGCAAGUAAGGAAGUUGUGGAGCCAGGAUUUAUGCCUACUUUUAAAGUGCAAGGACAAGUUUAUCACUUCAUGGGCUCUCUCAUGCCCCAGCUUAAUGAGCCUGCCAAGUUCCUUCAGAUUUACUUCAUGGGAGAUUCACAGUGGCAAUGUGACAGACGAUGUAAAAAGUUUCAAACUCUUGACAGGAGCAUUGUGAUAUCUUUGCAAGAAAUGCUCCACACCCACAAUGAUCUGGUAAGCAGCUUUAAGACAGCAAUGGAACAGCUACACCCAAAUAGUGACUUUCACAUAGUAAUCAGGUCAGAUGAGAGACCAGUAGAUGAGCAUGAAUGUUGUUUCAAUGCACCAGCUACAAAAAAAGUGGCCAUUCUCCCGGUCAGUGAACAACAUGAUCACCGAAACAUCAUCAUUCACCACCAAGAUUCCAUGCUGACCUGCAUAUCAGAAACUUAUUGGUCAUACAAUGCUCUGCAGUACCCACAAAUCUUCUGGCAAGGGCAAGAUGGAUGUCAUUUUAACAUUUCACAAGUCAAUCUAGCCACAAAACAUCGCAUCUUUGGUAAAACUAUUUGCCACAUGUACACAAUUGAAUGGCAGAAACAAGGCCUGCUGCAUGCCCACAAGCUAAUCUGGCUUAAAGACAAAAUUCAUCCAAAUCAAACUGAUUCCAUCAUUAGUGCCAAGCUUCCUGACACAACAAAAAGAUCCCAAAUUCUUUGGAGUCAUCAAGACUCAGAUGGUUUAUGGUCCAUGCAGACCUCUCAACAGGAACUCUCCUUGCAUGGUUGAUGGAAAGUGCAGUAAAGGCUUUCCUAAGCAAUUCAUUGCCGAGUCAGAGACUGGUCAUGAUGGAUACCCAAGAUACAAGCAUCGUAAGCCAGGCCACGGCGGGCAUAAAGACACUAUCAACGCAAGUGCAAUCCAAGAAAUUGAAGUUGACAAUCGGUGGAUUGUGCCAUAUUGUCCCCUUCUGUCAAAGAUCUUCAAAGCACACAUCAAUGUUAAGUUUUGUAACUGUGAAAUCCAUGAAGUAGUGUGCAAGUAUGUAAACAAGGGGUCAGACAUGGCUGUUUUUGGCCUUCAUGAGGUAAACAAGAAUGAUGAGGUAACAUGCUACCAGAUGGGACACUACAUUAGCAGCAAUGAAGCAGCUUGGAGAUAGUUUAACUUUCUGCUGCAUGACUGGCAUCCAACUGUUAUCCAUCUAGUUGUACAUCUAGAGAAUGGCCAGUGAGUCUAUUUUAAUCCUGACAAUCCACAAUGUCUCCCAGCAGCAACUUGAAACUCCAGGUUCAACAAUAUUGAUUGCUUUUUUUGAGCUUUGUAGCACAGAUCCAUUAGCUUCCACUCUUGUACCAAGAGAUCCCUCAAUAUUACACAUGGCAACAAACCACUAAACAAUGGAAAAGAUGUGCCAUUGGUCAGACUAUUGAAAGGCAUUCAGGAAUCAAGAGAUUCAGCACUGGGAAGGGUCUACACUGUGCAUCCCAACAACUUUGAGUGUUAUUUCUUGAGGCUCCUUUAGCACACAGUUCAUGGUCCAAAGAGUUUCCUAGAUCUGAAGACUUUUAAUGGCCAUGUCCGACUCUUACAGACAGGCACUUGCCAUUUCUGUGACUUCCUCAAAGUUGAUAGUCACUGGAAUGCAACUCUAGCUGAGGCAGUUGUUUCAUUUUCUGCAUUUCAGUUGUUAAAUCUCUUCGCCAUUAUGCUUCAAGUUUGCAACAUCGCUAGCCCUCACCAGCUGCGGAAGAAGCAGCACCAGGAAUCCUUCUGUGAAGACAUUGUUCACAGAUUGCAGAAACAAAAUCAAAGUCUCGAAAUACAGUUCACUGAAAACAUCAAGAAUGAUGCUCUACUCCUUGAAUACAAGGUCCUUCAGCUUGGAGGAAAACCUUUUCAGGAGUAUGGCUUGACAGAUCCAAUAAGAGAACAGCACAGAACAGACCAGGAAAUUCUAAGGGAGCCAUCCUAUAACAUCAACAAUCUCAAUGUGUAUGUGACAGAGAAUGAGCCAAGGCUUUUGACUGGACACCGGACAGCUUACAAUUGCUUCAUUCGAAUGACUCAAAGCAAAAGAGUAGCCUGAUCUUUUUAGAUGCUCCUGCGGGCAGUGGCAAAACGUUUUUGAUCAAUCUUCUGUUGGCAAAAGUCUGUCUAGAUGGGUGCAUUGCAUUGGCAGUAAGCAUCUUCUGAAAUUGCAGCAACUCUUUUGACAAGUGGUCAAACAGCUCAUUCUACUUUUGUGUUUCCCUUGAAUUUAGUUAGGACAUAGACUCCAAGACAUCAGCAAAGGCCAAGGUCCUGCAGCAAACGUGCUUGAUUGUCUGGGAUGACUGCACCAUGUCUCACUAUGGAGCACUUGAAGCUAUUGACCAUAGCCUAAGAGAUUUGAGAGGAAAGGACAUUUUCAUGGGUGGUGUCACUGUAGUUUUGGCUGGAGAUUUCAGACAAACCUUUCCUGUAGUCCCAAAAGGUACAAAGGCAGAUGGACUAAAAGCCUGUCUCAAGCUAUUUUAUCUGUGUGGGGCAAGUGACCAAACUGCAUCUGACAGUUAACAUGAAAGCCCAGUUAUUUGGUGAUCUAGCUGCUGGGCUGUUUUCAUGCUAGCUUUUGAACAUAGAGAAUGGGCAACUACCUUAUGUCCACCAAAUGCAGCAACACAAGCUACCCUGUGGUGAGAUGGUACCAACUGUCAAUGAUCUCCAAAUGCAUAUUUCCAAACAUUGCACAAAACUUUAGCAACAUUCAAUGGCUAUGUGAGCAAGUCGUCUUAGCUCUACGUAAUGAUGCUGUUGACAAAAUCAAUUGGGAUCUCUUGCAGCUGUUGCCAGGACAGGAAGAAUCUUUCAAAUCCAUUCACACUGCCAUUGAUCAGGACCAAGCUGUAGAUUUUCCAACUGAGUUCCUGAACUCUCUGCAGCCAUCUUGGAUGCCACCACACAACUUAACACUUAAAAAGGAGGCCCCAAUCAUGCUGCUAGGAAUCAGGAUCCACCUCGCCUGUGCAAUGGCACCAGUCUGGUGGUAAAAGUGAUGCAACCCCAUGUCCUAGGGGCAGCAAUUAUCACUGGGAAAUAUAAGGGUGAGGAUGUCUUCAAUCCAUGGAUCCUGUUAAUCCCAUCUGACUUUCUCUUUGAAUUUAAAUGGCUCCAGUUCCCAGUUUUGCUAUGUCAAUAAACAAAUCUCAAGGUUGUUGGACUUAACCUUGCUUCUCCUUGCUUUUCUCAUGGGCAAUUAUAUAUAGGAUGUUUGCAAGUUGGAAGUCCCAAAACUCUUUAUUUAUAUCCCAAUUAAAGGGCACACUGAAAACAUUGUAUAUUUAGAAGUUCUACAAAAUUAAACUGUGAUUCAUUUCAAGAUUUGUUUUA